UAAAUGUCAAAACUGUCAAACAAAAGUCAAAACUGUCAACCAAAAGUCAAAAUCAUCUGUUAGGUUUGAUAAAAGUGAUUCAUCUAUUUCAGUGAUUAUAAAGUAUUGUUGUUAAAUCAGCUAUUCUUACAACAAAAUGUUUCGCAAUAGAAAUUUUGAUGCAUUGCUUGAAAAAGCAACCAGCCAUUUAUUAAUGGAGCUAGAUUUAGCAUCUACGCUGCAGAUGUGCGAUUUGAUUAGACAGAAUGAUGUACAACCAAGAUAUGCCUUAACUGCAUUAAGAAAGAAACUAUACUCACAAAAUCCUCAUUCUGCAUUGUAUGCUUUGUUAGUUUUGGAAAGUAUGGUAAAAAAUUGUGGCAUAAUAGUUCAUGAAGAAUUAACCACUAAAUCAUUCUGUGAUUUCCUUCAUGAAUUAUCAAAAACCACACCUCAUGAAAAUGUUCGAAGUAAACUGUUAGAACUUAUUCAAACCUGGAAUUUUGUCUUUAGGAAGAAUCCUAAACAUGGAGCGCUUAAGGACCUUGUGAAUACAAUGAAAAUGGAAGGUCACAAAUUUCCAACACCCAGAGAAUCAGAUGCAAUGUUUUCAUCUGACACAGCCCCAGAAUGGGCUGAUGGAGAUGUGUGUCAUAGAUGUCGUGUACAAUUCAGUGUACUCCAAAGAAAGCAUCAUUGCAGAGCCUGUGGUCAAGUGUUUUGUGGCCAGUGCACUUCAAAGACUUCUACUUUGCCCAAAUAUGGAAUUGAAAAGGAGGUGAGAGUAUGUGAUGCUUGUUAUGAUGAAGUUACUAAACCAGCCACUGCAUCAAAAUCUUCUAUUUCUUCCAGUGAAACAGAUUUGCCUGAGGAAUAUUUAAAAAGUUCAUUGGCACAACAGAAACAGGAUCCUCCUAAGAAAAGUGAAGAUGAAUUGAGAGAAGAGGAGGAACUGCAAUUAGCUUUAGCUUUGAGUCAAUCAGAAGCUGAAGCCAAAGAAAAAGAAAAAAUAAGGGCAACAAGUGCUUUGUAUAAUGUGAAAGUAGAACCAACACCAGUCGAAAGACCACAAACUCCUCCUCAGCCUCAAGAAGAUCCAGAAUUGGCUAGAUAUUUGAAUCGUUCCUAUUGGGAAUCGCUUAAAACCAACGAUCCAAACGAUCGUCCCACGAGUCCGUCGGCUCCAGCUACCGCUCCAUCUCAAAACAUCGAACCCAAAUUUAAGACCAAGGAAAACGGUUUGGCGGAAAACGAUCUUGAAGAGUUUAUGAGAACCCUUAAAGGUCACGUCGAAAUUUUCAUUAACAGGAUGAAAAGUAACUCCAGUAGAGGAAGAUCGAUCGCUAACGACACGAGCGUGCAAACUUUGUUUAUGAACAUAACGGCGAUGCAUUCGCGACUUCUACAUUACAUCCAAGAACACGACGACAGUCGCAUCCACUACGAAUGCCUGCAGGACAAAAUGACUCAAGUAAAAGACGCGAGGGCUGCUUUGGACGCUCUGCGCGAAGAACACAAUGAAAAGAUGAGAAGAGAGGCUGAGGAGCAAGAAAGAAUGCGUCAAAUGCAAAUGGCGCAUAAAUUGGAAGUCAUGAGGAAGAAAAAACAGGAAUAUCUUCAGUACCAGAGACAAUUGGCGCUACAAAGGAUCCAAGAACAAGAGAGAGAAAUGCAAAUGAGACAGGAACAGCAAAAACAGCAAUAUAUGUUACCUCAAUAUGGAUAUAUGAAUUCUCCACAUCAUGGACAACAGUUUCCUUCCAACCCGAACCAGUCCAUGGGUAAUUACAACACUUAUUCAUUUCCUCAGCACAUGAUGCCUCCGCAAAGCGUUCCGAGUCAAGUCGGUUUACCUGGAGGACCACCACAUGGUCCUCUAGGGCAGCAACCAGCUCAUAAUACUGCUUUAGGCCCUCCGCCCGGCUUUCCUCAAGGAGUAACUUCGAAUUCUUCACUGCCUAAUGGCGCCCCGCAGUUUGUAGGACACGGCGUAUCGUCUCAACAUAUGAUGGGCGGCGGACAACCUGGCUUGCCUCCCAAUUCUCCGAAUACCCAACAGGGAAUACCUCAACAUCAGGGCGGGAUUCCCCAUAAUCAGGGUGGAAUGAUGCCCCCUCAAGGCGGACUGCCGCCGCAGCAGGGUGGGAUUCCCAUGCAAGGAGGAAUUUCUCAGAAUCAAAAUUUUCCGCAUCAAGGACAGAUGUCGCCCCAAUUUCAGCAGCCUGGAGCUCCACCGGCUAGUCCACAAGUCAAAACAAAUGGAGAGGCACAAACUGCAGAGUUAAUAAGUUUUGAUUAGAUAAAUCUAAUGUAUGUGAUAAAUUUUCUGUACUCUUUUUAUUAUAAUCAUGUUUUUAGAAAUCCAAAAUGAAUGAAUUAUUAUUAAGAAUUUUUAUGCGUUAACUUGAAGUUAUAAUAAAUAUAUAACUAUUUAGAC